CCCGCGUGAGCCGAAGUCGAGGCGGAGAGCAGGAGAGCAGGAGGCGGCGUCUGUGCGCGUGCGCGUGCGGGCAGACAAUUCGUACUCUUUCUGGCAAGGGCUUGGCAGCAGUUUGAGGAGAACCCGAGUGGGGAAAAUAGCGUCCAAUCCCGGCGAACUCAGAAGGGGCAAUCCGCCAUGAGUUGGGGAACGGAGCUCUGGGACCAGUUCGAUAAUCUGGACAAACAUACUCAAUGGGGGAUUGACUUCCUGGAGCGUUAUGCAAAGUUUGUCAAGGAAAGGUUGGAAAUUGAGCAAAAUUAUGCCAAGCAGCUAAGGAACCUGGUAAAGAAAUACUGUCCAAAACGCUCCAAAGAUGAGGAACCGAGGUUUACCUCCUGUCUGUCAUUUUACGGCAUACUGAACGAGCUGAACGACUAUGCUGGUCAGAGGGAGGUGGUGGCAGAGGAGAUAGGCCAUAAGGUUUAUGGAACAGUGAUGAAGUAUAGCCAGGACCUCAAAGCAGAACGGAAACAUCAUCUGCAGGAGGGCAGGAAGGCCCAGCAGUAUUUGGAUCAUUGCUGGAAACAGAUGGACAACAGUAAAAAGAAGUUUGAGAGAGAAUGCAAGGAAGCAGAGAAAUCCCAAAUAACCUACGAGAGGUUAGACAAUGACAUCAAUGCCACAAAAUCUGAAGUUGAGAAGGCCAAAGCCCAGUAUUACCUGCGGACUCACAUGGCGGAUGAGAGUAAAAACGAGUAUGCUGCCCAGCUACAAAACUUCAAUGCGGAGCAGUGGAAACAUUUCAACAACUCCAUACCACACAUCUUUAAGAAUCUGCAAGAUAUGGAUCAGCGUCGAACAGUGAAGCUUGGGGAGACGUACCGAAACUUCGCAGAAGCAGAACGAAGAGUCAUUCCUAUUAUUUCUAAGUGUUUAGAAGGGAUGGUUUCAGCAGCCAAAGCUGUUGAUGAGAGAAGGGAUUCUGGCAUUGUUGUGGAGUCAUUUAAGUCUGGCUUUGACCCUCCAGGCGAUUUCCCCUUUGAAGACUUCAGUCAGAAUCUAAGUCGAACAGGGUCAGAUGGGGCCAUCAGCAAUACGCCCAAAGGAGAGCGAGACGGGGCCCCGGCUCCAAGACCGGACCCAAAACACGCAAUGAGCAAAACCAAGAACAAACUCUGGCUCUUCGGGAAGAAACCAAAGUCCCCUUCUUCUUCUCCUCCACCACCUCCUUCCUCCUCCUCCCGCCCACGAUCUUCUUCGCAAUUUUUCCCUCCGAAUCGGUUCAGCUCUGACCGAAUGAACCAGUAUCUGUCUGACAUAAAGACUACAGUACCCAGAAUUCCCCAGAACUUGAAGGGUCUGAGAAGAGGGGCUCCAUCAUUGGAGGAUUUCAGCCACUUACCCCCCGAACAGAGGAGGAAGAGGUUGCAGCAGAAAAUUGAUGAACUCAACAGCAAGCUCCAAAUAGAGAUGGAUCAGAGGGAUGCCCUGAACAAAAUGAAAGAUGUGUAUGAGAAGACUCCACCGAUGGGCGACCCCAACAGCCUGCAGCCAAAAAUAUCAGAGACCAUAUGCAACAUGGAAAAGCUCCGCUCUGAAAUCCACAAAUAUGAGGCUUGGUUGUCGGAGGUGGAGGGAAAGCAGGCCUCCAGAGACAGGAGGCACAGUGCCGACAACCACCAUCCCACUCCCCAAGGCAGAGAGAGUCCUGAAGGAAGUUAUACAGAAGACACCAGUCAGGAGCACCACACACCUCACCAGCACUCCAGUCCCCCGCAGCCGGGACAGCCCAGCACCGACCCGCACGACUUUGAUGAUGAAUUCGAUGACGACGACCCGCUACCUGUCAUUGGACACUGCAAAGCUUUGUACUCUUUUGACGGUCAGAAUGAGGGAACCCUCGUCAUGGCAGAAGACGAGGUGUUGUACAUUAUUGAGGAAGAUAAAGGUGACGGCUGGACGAGGGCGAGGAAGCAGAGCGGGGAAGAAGGCUACGUCCCCACCACUUAUGUGGAGAUCACCAUGGAGAAGAACUGUAAAGGUGCUGUCACCUAUAUCUGACGCGCCAUUUGUCCUUUUUUCAUUCUCGCCAUACGCGCAUUCACGACGAGUUGGCAGAGAACAAAGGCAGAACGCGUCUGUUCAACUGCAUGGACGUUGUCAUGUGUUCCUCUAUUUUGUUCUUUCCUCCCAUCUCUCAUUGUUCUGCCCGUCUCUUCCACCAACUGUGCAGCCGAUGCUGCAGUGGUGAGUGUCUGUUUGUUGUUGAGAGACUUUUAUUUUAUACGUACUGUACGUGAGAGACUGUACAUUGCUUCUUAUCGAUCAAAGUAAGUGUUUAUUACGUUUCGUGUAAUAUAUUAGAAACAAUCUAGUUUUGGUUUCAGCAAGUUUCUAUAUCUUGACUUUUUCUAAAUGGCUAUAUUGCAACAAAAAAAAAAAAUCUUUUUUUUUUAUUUUUUAUUCUAUCUCAAUUCACCACAUCAUUUGAAGUGUUCGUCUGAUUGUGCUGCGCGGGUCUUUGCGUGCGCGCAUGCAAUGCAUUCGUUUUUGCUUUAUCCGUGCCAUCUCAGCGGAUUUGGUUAAAUUGCAGUCUUGUGGUCACAACAACGUCUUCAAUUUGUUAUUGGGGCUUGAUGUCAUUCCCUCUGCUCUCUGUUGUCCCCCACCAAUCCGUAUUGCCUUGUUUCAUUGAAAAUGACAGCAGAAGCUGGAAAAUCUGUCUGCAGUGCAUACAAAUCCUAUUGGCUCUUUCUUCCCAACAAGGGGUUUUCGCACCCAACAUGUCCAAAUAUGGAUGCAGCUACUUCCAAAUCUACAUAUGGGUGACUGAAGACAUGUGAACUGAUGUUGAAGUGAAACAUUGUCACAUUAAAAACUAGUUAUAAUGAAGAGGACAGUACGGUGUGAUAUGAUUAGGAUUGAGAUGCAGUAGCGACGUCGUGCGUCCCUCCCCUCCGUGUUUGUGUCUAUACUUGUCUGAUUGUGUUUUAUUAACUGACUCUCUCCUCUGUAUGACUGUGCAGGUUCCUGAGGGCUGCAGGGUGGCCAGGUGGUUUGAUUGGCUGGUGGAGGGCUCUCGCUGGUUGCUGAUUUUUGGUGGUGGGGGUGAGAAAGAGA